AUGAGGAGCGUUUUGUGUUUGAUAAUCUUCCUUUUUGGACGAGUGGCAUUCGUCAUGAGCAGCCAACAUUUCAAUAGGAGAGGAGGACUAUUCAGUAAGCUAACAUGUCCAAAAGACAAACUAGAACUUACACUGGAACUGCUUUUUAAUCUGACAGCACCAAACCGACCCAUCAAGAUAGGACCAGUUUCAAAUGCUUGCCUGAACAGGGACAUGAUAGCAAAAUGUAGUUCGAGUAAACCUGAGAUUGCAAUACCUUGCAAUUUUGGCGAAACCACGUGUUUUGCCGUGGCCGACGCGUGGAAAUCCAGUUUGAUAGUGAGUGUGAUUUCAAAAACCAAGGAGAGGCGUGCACGUGAGGAAAUCCCACCCGACACUGAUCUGUGUAAGAACAUAUUGGUACUCCAAGCAGUAGUUCUCCCUUUCAUACAGAACAGAGACACUUACACUAUACUUAAUCCGCGUGUGGCUCCUUGGUUUUUCACUGAUGAUUUAAGCGGAUGUGACGUUUUCGUGGCAACUGCUGCAAACCGAGGCAGCCGCCCCAUGGUUAUACAUUCUAACCGGUUAUUGUAUAUUAAGGACCUGGCAAAGGAUCUCCAAUCGAAGGGAGAAGAUGUUGACGAAAUGCUAAAAAGAAUUUCAAAGUCGGAUGGCUAUGAAUGGAAGGUGAUUGCCCGCGUCUACUAUGGACCGACAACCGAAACAGGAAAGGAAAAGAUUGGUUUGAAUCGCUAUGCCGAUGAACACCGAGGAAUUAAACUCGUAGGUUAUCAAAAGAUACCCGGAUGGAAAAAUGAAAAUUUUGCGUUUUUUGGUCAUUACAUCGGGCCCAAAGCCAUAGCCAAAGCCAGGGGAUAUCAACCGUGCUGGAGAUUCAUUUUCAAAGGAUAUUCGACUGGCACAAUACUAAGUAAAUUCAGAGUGUCUGCAAAAGGAGAUUUGUUUUAAAACUAAUAGCAAAGCCUUAAGAAUUGUAGCACCUUAACUGAAAUCAUACUUAUCCCGUGAUUUCUAACUCACGCAUUCACGAUGUACAAGGUUGACUUACGCGUCGCUCUUCUAGGAUCAAUUCAAUUUACUUAUUUAUUUGCUCAUUUUAUACACUUUUUCUGUAGAUUACAUAGUAUUUGUUAUCGAGCAGGAUAUCUUAGCAAGCCACGUACUAGGGCUUUUCAUAGAUCUCUUUCUAGCAGAACCAAUAUAAAAUUUACAGUUUUGUGAUGGCUACUCUUCAAAUACUUGUCCAGUUAAGAAGUUACUAACGGAUGUAUGCUUAAUUCUUCAGUUGUUUUUUAUAUCUUCCCCACAUUGAAGUUGGCUGAUCAUCAUUUAUUCGCAUUUAUCACCCUCCAGAAAUAAUAUGUAUACAAAAAAAUUUAAUCUUGAAUAACUGAGAUAAGCCGUCUGAAUUUUUGCUAAUUUAUGGAAUAAGAUACCAGGUGAAAUGAGAGGUAUGUCAUUCCGAUUACCUUGAUGAAACCAUGAAAACGCAAGAAAUAAAAUCGCGAAUUCCUAAACCUCAAUAGCUUCUUCACAACUUGCAUUACACAGAUUUGUUUUUCUUGCUUUUGACGUAAAUAUACAUUUUUUUCUUUUGCCUUCUCUUUUCUUUUUACCCAUUGUUGUGUGAUAUAUGUAACGUUUUACAUCCCUUUUCAUGAAAUUAAAAUUUGACACGCCACGACUAGCGUUUUGGCUAACUGCGUGCCAAGAAAUUUGCUAAUAUUGUCCUAGUGAAGUUGGAGCCACGACUCAUGUUGAAGUCAAGUUAGAUUAUUUCAAAUUUUUUUUGUUUCGUUUUUCUUCUUUUCCGGGAAAUGACUCUUAAAAUACAGUCGAACCCCGCUUUAGCCUACGCCCGGUUAAUACGGACACCUCGUUAUUACGGACAGUUUUCUUUGUUCCUGGGGAAAACCCUUUCAUUUCUCUAAAUAUUCAACACGCUUAAUGCUGACACCCAUUAAUGCGGACGAUGGACACUUAUUUCUUGCCCCGUUUAAUACGGACACCCGUUAAUGCGGACAAGAGACACUUAUUUCUUGCCCCGUUUAAUAUGAACACCCGUUAAUGCGGACAAGAGACACUUAUUUCUUGCCCCGUUUAAUAUGGACACCCGUUAAUGCGGACAAGAGACACUUAUUUCUUGCCCCGUUUAAUAUGGACACCCGUUAAUGCGGACAAGAGACACUUAUUUCUUGCCCCGCUUUAUACAAAGACCCGCUAACGCAGACAAUGGACUCCUAUUUCUUGCCCCGCUUAAUACGGACACUUUUUGUGGUCCCUUCAGUGUCCUUAUUAACGGGGUUUGACCGUAACAAAAGUCUUUUACUAAACUGAAUUGGCCCUAGUAGCUGCUUUGCUGCUUUUUUCAAAACUUGUCUUGGACUUGGUUCAUUUUCAGCCACCUCUAUUAAUUAUACACACCGUAGGCAAAUGUUCCAAGUCGGCAACUAGUAGUCUGAAAAUUAACCCGGCGGCGUACUUUAUAUUAUUCAGGAGUAGUUCGCGGUGUGGAGGAUGAGCUAAUCAUAACUCGCUGGGAGCCUGUACUUGAAAUCAUUUAAAAAAAAUGGCAUGAUCGAAGCUAUCGUUCCGGAGGGCCUGGUUGUACAAACGUUGGAUAGCGUUAUAUUAUGCAUUGGAUAAAACUGUAUCCAGUUGAUAAGUAUCAGAGAAACCAAAUACGUUAUUUAUCCACUGGAUAAGACAACGCUAACAAGUGUUUGAACAACUGGGGCAAGGCUUCCAGUAGCUAUAAUCUACUUUUUGUUGUUAAUUUAGUCCACAUGAUUUCCAAGAAUCUUUGUUCUCUUAGGUGAACAAAUAGCCGACAUUUAACAACGGCCACCUUGGGGACCGAAGCAAGUGGGCAUUGUGGAGAGGUUGCCGGGAGGGGGAGGUAGGGGUGUGAUAUGACACCCGAGUUUAGAAGAGCUCGCAUCGGGUGCCAAUCAAAUUAGCCUGCGUUGCAGUCGGCCCACGGAUGCCGCAGUUUAGAGCGUCUGCGAAGAAGGCUACAACCAAACAGACAAAGAAAAGAUUUUUUUCCCGCAGGAUUAAAGAGGAUCCUAAAAGUAUCAUAAUAUACCUUGACUUUACCACCUUGCUGUAUUUACUAAACUGAUAUUUCAUAGUAAAUAUCAGUUAAACAGGUUAGUUUACUUAUAAGAGGCAAUGCAACAUUUUACAUACAACUCACACUUGAACUGGUAUAUUGCCAUUUUAGGAGUUUUUCCCUUCGACGGGAUUCUAGAAAAGGUUUUAUGUAUCGUUUUCCUUACUUUUGCGUUGGGUUGGUCCUUUGUGAUCGAGAUGUGAAUUUGUGUAGGGCCUGCAUUUUUUAUUCGGUAAUAAAGCCGUGAUACUCUCUUUUACUCUCUUCUUAUGUUUCCUGUUCCUCCAUCUUUCGAUUUUCGCGCUGUCCACUCCAGGACCACCUCCCCAUAACAAGACUGAAAUANGUAUCCAGUUGAUAAGUAUCAGAGAAACCAAAUACGUUAUUUAUCCACUGGAUAAGACAACGCUAACAAGUGUUUGAACAACUGGGGCAAGGCUUCCAGUAGCUAUAAUCUACUUUUUGUUGUUAAUUUAGUCCACAUGAUUUCCAAGAAUCUUUGUUCUCUUAGGUGAACAAAUAGCCGACAUUUAACAACGGCCACCUUGGGGACCGAAGCAAGUGGGCAUUGUGGAGAGGUUGCCGGGAGGGGGAGGUAGGGGUGUGAUAUGACACCCGAGUUUAGAAGAGCUCGCAUCGGGUGCCAAUCAAAUUAGCCUGCGUUGCAGUCGGCCCACGGAUGCCGCAGUUUAGAGCGUCUGCGAAGAAGGCUACAACCAAACAGACAAAGAAAAGAUUUUUUUCCCGCAGGAUUAAAGAGGAUCCUAAAAGUAUCAUAAUAUACCUUGACUUUACCACCUUGCUGUAUUUACUAAACUGAUAUUUCAUAGUAAAUAUCAGUUAAACAGGUUAGUUUACUUAUAAGAGGCAAUGCAACAUUUUACAUACAACUCACACUUGAACUGGUAUAUUGCCAUUUUAGGAGUUUUUCCCUUCGACGGGAUUCUAGAAAAGGUUUUAUGUAUCGUUUUCCUUACUUUUGCGUUGGGUUGGUCCUUUGUGAUCGAGAUGUGAAUUUGUGUAGGGCCUGCAUUUUUUAUUCGGUAAUAAAGCCGUGAUACUCUCUUUUACUCUCUUCUUAUGUUUCCUGUUCCUCCAUCUUUCGAUUUUCGCGCUGUCCACUCCAGGACCACCUCCCCAUAACAAGACUGAAAUAAAUUAAACAUUAAAGCCAAGUGAGAUAUUCUAAUUAAUUAGAAUUAUGGCACAAAUUCCUAUGAUUAGGGGCUACAAUUGCCAUAAAAACAUGAAAAUCUGGUAAAAAUAAGGUCAUUUAUAUCUAAUGUUACCGGGUAAGCAGUAUGACUGUCAACAAAAGAACAAAAUACACGUAAGGUUAUUUUUUCCAUUUUUUGUCAAAUGGGACAUGUCACAAAAAGCAGGAUUUUAUUAAAUAAUUACCCGGUUUCUUCCUUUGAACCUAAGGAUGGAAACGGUUUUGCAAAACUGCUACCCUAUUUUCUUUCCUGCUAGAAGUGGCAAGAACUUGGAAGUUAUUCCAUUGUAUUGCCACAUAUAGAAAUAAAUUGUAAAAAGUGCAAGUUUUUCAAACAAUUUACUAGACUCUUUAAAAUGUUUAAGAAAUCUGGUGAUAAAAAUGUUUAAAGCUUUUAAACUUUUGCGACUUGGAAAUUUCCAGCGUCGUGUUUGGAUGGCCUUCAAACUAGCCAUGGAAAUUUCCACCGUCAAAAUGGUGGUAAGGAAUUUUUUUUACCGCAUUUUUCACUCAACGCAAAAUGACCAUGGAAAUUUCCAACUUCAUUUUGUCAAAAUGAAAAAAACCAUGGAAAUUUCCAACGUCGUCGUAGGGAAAUCACCUUAUUUCUGGUUGUCCGAAGACAGCUUCUUGUUGUCAUCGCGUGCAAAAUCUUCUUUUUUACAGACCACGUACUUUUAGUUUUUUUUUACUACAUCUCUUCAUGAUCAUUUUUAUCUUGCCAGGGCUGCCAUUCUUUUCCUGACGUCCGUGAUCCUUUCCAACGUUCAGGCUCGGAAAGCGUCACACUUUUCACCUUCCUCUAUCAGUAAUUUUUUUUUUCUGUAGCCUUGUAUACUUGAAAGCUGCUACAAAUACGUUCUCUUUAAGAACCACUUCUGCAUUGGAACAGCAGAGGACCAGCUUAAACCUGCAUACGAAAACAGAUGCAAUCAUGAGUAG